CGGAAAUCCGGCAUUUGACUCCAUCCAUUUGAGGAGACCCCCAUGAAUUCUUUUCUGCGAACCCCGGUGGGAAACGGACCCGUUUUGGCUCCCGGCCCCUAAAAAAAAGGCUCCGUGGUUGUCGGCGGCCCACCAUGGCGGCGCUGUACGUCGGCGACUUGCACGCGGACGUGACGGAAGCCGUCCUUUAUGAACGACUGAGCCGAGUGGGGAUCAUUUUGUCCAUCCGCGUGUGUCGCGACAUGAUGACCGGCCGCUCGCUGGGAUACGCCUGCGUCAACUUCCGGCAGCUAGCGGACGCCGAACACGCGCUGGACACGAUGAACUUUGACCUGAUCAAGGGUCAGCCCAUGCGCAUCAUGUGGUGGCAGCGGGACCCUUCGCUGAGGAAGAGCGGCGUGGGCAACGUCUUCAUCAAGAACUUGGACCGCUCCAUCGACAACAACGUCCUGUACGAUAUUUUCUCCUUCUUCGGCAACAUCUUGUCCGGCAAGGUGGCGCGCGACGACAACGGCUCCAAAGGCUACGGCUUCGUGCACUUUGAGACCCGGGAGGCGGCCGACAGAGCCAUCGCCGAGAUGAACGGCAAGCUCAUCAAGGAGCGCAAAAUAUUUGUGGGUCACUUCAAAUCGCGCAAGGAGCGGCAGGCCGAGCUGGCGGUCCGAGCCAAGGAGUUCACCAACGUCUACGUGAAGAACUUUGGCGACGGCGUGGACGACCAGGCGCUGAGGGACGUCUUCGGGACGUACGGGACCACCACCAGCGCCCGCGUGAUGACGGACGAGCGCGGCUCCUGCCGAGGCUUCGGCUUCGUCAGCUUCGCCAGGCAUGAGGACGCCCAGAAGGCGGUGGACGAAAUGAACGGCAAGGAAUUGGGCGGCAGGAACAUCUACGUGGGCCGCGCCCAAAAGAAGGCGGAGCGGCGGGCCGAGCUCCGGCGCAAGUUUGAGCGGAUGAAGCCGGGCGGCGUCCCGCGUUACCAGGGCGUCAACUUGUACGUGAAGAAUCUCGACGACGGCAUCGACGACGAGCGGCUGCGGAAAGAGUUUUCGCCCUCGGGCGUGAUCACCAGCGCCAAGGUGAUGACGCAGGGCGGGCGCAGCAGAGGCUUCGGCUUCGUCUGCUUCUCGUCUCCGGAGGAGGCGGGCGAGGCGGCGGCGGAGAUGAACGGCCGCGUGGUGGCCGGCAAGCCGCUGUACGUGGCGCCGGCCCAGAGGAAGGAGGAGCGCCGGGCCUACCUGACGCGCCAGUACAUCCGACGCGUCGGCGACGCCGGGCCCCCGCCCCAGCGGCUCGUCGACACCUACCGGCCGCCGCCGGCUUACUUCAUAGCUCCCGUCCCUCAGGCGCAGGAGCGCAACGCCGCCUACUUUCCGCAGCUGUGUCCCGAGCCCCCCUGGGCCCUGGCAGACUACUGGAACCUGGCCGGCUCGGCGCCAAGCCCCCCCGCUUUGGCUUCGGGGCCCCCCGCCUCCCAUGGACCCCGUGCGAUCUCCGCCCGGCGCGCCGCGUCCCGGAGUGUGAGCCCCCGAGCCGAGUCCCCGCUCUCCUCCGUCUGCGCCAUUCCUCGCUACAAGUACGGGGCGGCGACCGGCGGCCCUUCGGACCCCCUGCCGCACGUGCAGCCUGCCGGCCACGCCCCCAAGCCCCUCACGGCCUCCGUGUUGGCUUCCGCCCCCCCGCUGGAGCAGAAGCAGAUGUUGGGCGAGUGUUUGUUCCCGCUCAUCCGCAGCACGCAUCAACACCUGGCGGGGAAGAUCACCGGCAUGUUGCUGGAGAUGGACAACUCGGAGCUGCUCCACAUGCUGGAGUCGCCCGAGUCGCUCACGUCCAAGGUGGACGAGGCCGUGGCCGUCCUUCGGGCUCAUCAGGCCAAGGAGUCGUCGUCCCAGAAGGCUUACUGAAGCGAC